UAAAACUUUCUCAAACAAUAUAGCUUAUUAGAAAAACUCCGUAUAAAAAAUACAAAGCGUAUAUACACUGAUAUAAGGUUAUCACAUUUGAAUUUACCGCGUGUUGAUCAAGCGACGUCAUAUGACGGGCGCAUUGGUCGGGCGUCGAGCCGCGGACCGGCCAGUCUUUGUGCAGAUCAUAACCAUAACCCAUAACGUGCAACAGCCGACUCAACGUGUUCCGUCUUGUUUUCAAGAUUCUGGCGUCUUUUUCCACAAGAAGGAAAAAAGAAAUGAUAACAUAGACAAUAAUAAUAUCACAUCGGAUAUUAUUGACAAUUGUAUUAUCAACAAUGUUCAAGUUCAAGAAGAAAUACGCGUCAAGCUUGACCAUAUGGAAGUUAAAUUAGAUCGUAUCUUAAGGAAGCUCUAUCCAGAAGAAGUAAAAUUGAAGCGACCACGCGGAAUUCCUGCAUUUCCUUUACGAACUGAACAAGAGUGGAAUACUUUGGAAAAUAUUCUCGCAGAUGACAAUACAUUUACAUAUGUAGUAGAUGUCUUCGCGGCAAAAAUUAAAAACCUGGAAUCAGAGGUUGCUGCUGUACUCCCUAAAAUAAUUACAAAUUCCCUUGCCAGAUGUAUUAGCUGGGGAGGCACUCAGAAGACCAAAAUUGCUUUUAAUAGCAGCAAAACAUAUGAGGCUAUUCAAGCCACUAUUUUGCUGAAGUUUGGUAAUACAGCUGAUCUAGAUAAACCCGAAAAUUACGUGAAGCGCUGGUUUAGCACAAGUGCUCAGCGAGUGGUGUAAAUGCGUUUCAUAAAAAUAGAUAUUGCUAAAAUGUGAUAUAUAUACAUAUAUAUUAUUAGUACUUGUUUUACGCAGCAAUUUAUAUAAUGUGCAAUUUAACUAUAUAAAAUAGAUAUAUAAGCAAGCAUAAUCUACGAUA